AUGGCGGCCUCCGACCCCCGGCGGGACCCAGGCCGCUGGGCCGCCGCCAGCCUCCGAGCUCGGGAGGCCCCGGAGGCGGGGCCCAGGCCCCGGGGCAGCCUCUGGCGCCGCCUGUGCCGCUGCUGCGGGCCCUGCUGCGGCCGCUCCUCCGCGGGGCCCUGGGAGCCCGACUCACGCGAGGCCCCGGCUCGGCGCGGCCUGCAGGCCCCGCGGCCUGGGCAGCUGGUGCCGCGGGGCCUCGCCAUUGGCUGCCCGCGGGACGCCGCCGCCCACCACACGGCCGACUUCCGGGCGCCGGUGCCGGUGCUGCGGCGGGGGCAGGGCUUCGCCGUGCGCCUCCUCCUGCCCCGCCCCCUCGACCGCGACCGCGACGGCCUCUGCCUGGAGCUCACCUUGGGCCCCACCCCCCAGGUGGCCAAGGGCACUCACGUCCUCAUCCCAUUGGGCGAGAGCUCGGCCACCGGUUGGACGGCGGAGGAGGAGGAGGAGGAGGAGGGGGCGGAGCCAAGCGGAGGCCACGCCCUCCGCCUCCGCGUCACGGCCCCGCCCCACGCCCCCAUUGGCCGCUACCGGCUGAGCGUGCGCACGCGCACCCAGGAGGGCGGGGAGUACGCGGCGCCCUUCGACGAGCGCAAUGACGUCAUCAUCCUCUUCAACCCCUGGUGCCCCGAGGACUCGGUGUUCAUGGAGCCCACGUCGGACCUGGCCGAGUACGUCCUCAACGAGAGCGGGCGCAUCUUCUACGGCACCGAGGACCAGAUCGUCGAGCGCUCCUGGAACUACGGGCAGGUGAACUCUCUGGACGACAACGGGGUGCUGGUGGGGAACUGGACGGGGCGCUACGAGCAGGGCACCAACCCGUCGGCAUGGGCGGGCUCGGUGCAGAUCCUACGGGGUUUCCUCAGCACCGGGGCGCCCGUGCGCUACGGGCAGUGCUGGGUGUUCGCGGGGGUCGUCACCACUGUGCUGCGGUGCCUGGGGCUGCCGACGCGGACGGUGACCAACUACAACUCGGCGCACGACACCGACGUCUCCCUCACCACCGACAUCUACCUGGACGAGAGCAUGAAGCCCAUGGAGCGCCUCAACACCGACUCCGUUUGGAACUUCCACGUGUGGAACGACUGCUGGAUGAAGAGGCCCGACCUCCCCGCAGGCCACGAUGGGUGGCAAGUGGUGGAUGCCACCCCCCAGGAGACCAGCAGUGGGCUGUUCUGCUGCGGGCCCUGCUCCGUGGAGGCGGUGAAGAAUGGGGAGGUCUUCCUCAAGUACGACACCCCCUUCGUGUUCGCUGAGGUGAACAGCGACAAGGUGUACUGGCAGCGCCAGCCCAACGGCACCUUCACCGUGGUGCACGUGGAGGAAGGCGCCAUCGGGCGCCGCAUCAGCACCGUGGGGCCGGGCUCGGGGGCGCGCCUCGACAUCACCCACCUCUACAAGCACCCCGAGGGUAGCCAAUGGGGAGAGGGGGAGAGGGGGCGGCGGCCAAUGGGGAGAGGGGGGAGAGGGGAGGGGGGGCAGCAGCCAAUGGGGUUGGCUCAAACGGCGUGCUCAGCCGAGGAACGCCGUGCCGUCUCCACCGCCACCGCGCACGGCUCCCGGCCCCACCGCGCCGGCCCCGAUGGGGCUGGCAGUGGGGCCGGCAGCGGGGGGGAGGUGUCGCUGUGGGUCACGGCCGAGGAGGCGGUGGCCGGGGCUACGCUGGAGCUGCGGGCGCGGGCCCGCAACGAGGGGGCGGAGCCUCGGACCCUACGGCUCCGCCUGGCGCUCGCCGGCGUCACCUACACCGGCGUGACCGCGGCCGCCUUCCGGAACGAGCAGCACCAGCGCGUCAUCCCACCCCAGCAGGAGGAGCUGAUCUCCAUGGCCGUGCCCUAUGGGGAGUACUCGGGGCACGUGGGGGCGGGGCAGGGGCUGCACCUCACGGCCGCCGGCGCCGUGGACGAGACCGGGCAGGUCCUGGCCAAGGAGCUGAGGGUGCGGCUGCACGUCCCGGAGCUGGGCCUCACGGCCCUUUUCCGGAACCCGCUGCCGCGGGCGCUGACGGGAACCGCGCUGCGCAUGGAGGGGGCGGGGCUGGCGUGCCCCAAACCGCUGCAGCUGGGGACGGUGGGGGCGGGGCAGUCGGUCCGCCUUACCCAGGCCGUGCUCCCGCUCCGCGCCGGGCCCCGCCUCCUCGUGGCCACGUUGGAGAGCGCGGAGCUGGCGCCGCUGCACGGGAGGCUCCCAUUGGAC